AUGAAUCUUCAAACUUUAGAAAAUAUCGCUAAAGUUCAUCAAUUUAACAUGUUACAAAUUGAAGUAAAAACUGGACAAAUUAAAAACAAUGAAUUAAAUUCUAAUGAUUUAUAUACAUUAGUUAAUUCUAUGCUUUAUGACUUUGAAGAUGAUAAUUCUCAAGAUAACAUUGAUCAAUUCUUUGUUUCAGAUUCAAUUAAUACUGCAACAGAUAAUUUAGAAUUAGAAAUCAAAACAUUUAUUGAUUUUAAUUCACUAAUUUUUAAAUUAUAUAAUGAUAAUAAUAAUGAUUUGAUUGAAAAUGAGAAUUUUGAAUCUAAUGUAAUAGAAAUUCAUGAAGAUUAUGAUCUAAAAACUAUCAUUUAG